AUGGAGGCGCCCUACACCCAAGACCAACUCACCCGCUACCUCAACCACAUCUCCUAUCCGCGCUCCAAGCAUCCCCGCGAUGAGCUCCAGCUCCUCACCGAGCUUCACGCCCACCACCUCGCCCGGGUCCCCUUUGAGUCCAUUGGUCUGCAUUACUCCUCUCACCGGACACUCUCCAUCGACCCAGAUGAUCUGUUCGAAAAGGUCGUGGAGAGGAGCAAAGGCGGGUAUUGCCUGGAGAUGAAUACCUUUUUCGGCGACAUGCUGCGCGUCUUGGGCUUUACGGUCCUCAGCAUCGGCGCAAGGGUCAAGACUGGUCUUCGAUACGGAGGCAUGACUCACUGCGCCAACAUCAUCACCAUCAACCAAACCCGCUACCUCGUCGACGUCGCCUUCGGCAGCUACAACAUCUUCCGCCCCAUCCCUCUGACCCGUAACCUCGAGUUCGACAACAUCGCCCCCCGUCGAGGAAAACUCGAGUUCCGCGCCCUCGCGCAAUCGACUUGCCCUUCCACGCAGUCCGUCUGGGUGUAUUCUUCGCAAGACGAUCCUUCAGCCGAAUGGAUCGAGAGGUACUGUUUCACGGACAUGGAGUUUUUUCGCGAGGACUAUCAAGUCGCCAAUUACUACUGCAGCACCAACCGCGCGUCAAUCUUCGUGAACCAGGUCAUUGCGCUGAGGGGGAUUUUGAAUGACAAGGGAGAUGGACUCAAGGGCGUUCUGACGAUGGUACAGGGAGAAGUGAGGAGGCGGGUUGAAGGCAAGCCGGACAUGGAAGUGGUUGAGAGGAUGGAGGACGAGGAGGAGAGAGUCAAGGCGCUGGACAAGUGGUUCCUAUUACCUUUGACCAAGAAGGAAGCGCGGGCUAUUCGACAGAUGCCGAGCGAGCUUACGUCUCGCAAGAGUGCAGUUGCAUAG